AUGGUAGGGCUCUCGGCAUCGGAGCUUCGGACCGAGACGUUGUUUCCUGGCGAUACAAUUGAGUACUUCUCUAUGGCCUUUGUAGCUGGAGACCCACGUGGCCAUCGUCUGUCGAAAGUUCUACAUGUCGACCAUCUUAACGACGAGUUUCCUAUCCGUGUUGAUACUCAAGAAAUGUUACCAUUGACGAUAAUGCUCAAGAGAAAACGGGAUCGGAACGACGUUGAAAUAUCAUCGGAUGAUGCGAAAUGGAGAAAAUUGCGGACUUUUCGACUCGUUGAUGGAAAAGUGAAAGGCGAAACAUGUGCUGCUCGAUUGAAUGCUGGUUUAAAAAAGAGUCUUGAAGAUGCUAUUGAGUCGACAAGACAGCAUAUUGCAAUGGAGAAAGUGGAUAAUGGCAGCAAGAACAUCAUGAGUAAUUACUUGAAAGUGCAUGCAGCAAAAAAUAUACAGAUGAGCAGUAGUCAAAUCAAAUUGGUAGAAGAAAGAGCGACGGUUGAACAAGAUAAAAGACAUGUACCAUGUGCUUUUGCUAUGGAAGAUCAAGAAAUUCAUUGGGGAAGCAAUGUUCGAAGAAAACAUGAAAUGAAAAAGGGUUUCGAUAUUGGUUACCUACGGAAAAAAAGUCGAGUGGAGAAUGCUAAGCAAAGUGAUAAAGCCAACGAUUACAACAAGCUGAAGUCGUAUAAAAGAAAGCGCAAUGAGUCAAGUUUGAAAAAUGACGUUAAGCAGAGUCAGAAGAUACUGAGUAAAUAUUUUAGUUCAAAUCGAUGUCAUCGAACAAAGAAAAAAUCGAGUUUGGAUCUAAAUAGUUUUGUCAUUCAUGCCCAUGAGACGAAAGAUGUCAAAAAGAUCAAGGAGAUUGAAGUAAAGAAACGCUUGGUUUGGGGAUUGGAUGAGUACUUUGCGCUAGAUGAGAAGAAAAGAGCGCUUGAGGUCAGAAAAAAUGGUAAAAUUCAAGCACCUUCAACGAAGUCGUCGAGUCAUUUUAGUGCUUCUAAACGAAAAGAAUGGGGUGCACAGCAGUUGAGCUUUUGUAAAAGUAACAAACAGGCAUGUGGAUCACUUCAGACGUGGCUUAAACCUGUGGGCAAACGAAAAGACGAAUGCUAG